AUGGGGCCGCCCGCGGCGGCGCGCUCGCCCGGCGAACCCACGACGUCGUCGAAGACGUCCGUCGUCCUCGUCGACGGCGACUGCGUCCUGUGCGACGGCUUCGCGCGGUUCGUCUCCGCGUUCGACGCGCGCGGCGUGGUCCUCUUCGCGACGCAGCAAUCCGAGGAAGGGCGCGCGGUGCUUCGACGCGCGAACGCGCCGAUGGACCUCUCCACGAUCGUCCUCGUGGAGCACGACGCGCGCGCGGAAGUCGCGAAGGACGACAGGAUCAAGACGCACGUCAAGUCGACCGCGAUCCUGAGGGCGUUAACAGCGCUCGGGCUCCCGCUGUCGACGCUGGGGUGGGCGGGAUUAGCGCUCGUCCCGAGACGGGUCCGAGACGGCGCGUACGACGUCGUCGCGCGGUAUCGGCACGUCGUCUUCGGGAGGAAGGGCGAGGGGGGAUCGUGCGCGCUGCCUGACGUCGUCGUGAGGCGACGGAUGGGACGGAAGAUCCCGAGGGAGCUGCUGGGGGAGUGA